GCAGCUGAAGCCGGGGUUUGCAGAAGAAUGCACCUUUAAGCUGCCACCGUCAGCCACCCACAAAGCCUGCCCUCCCCCGGUAGCCGUGGGCCCAGCAAGUCUUCAGCGUCUGUUGGACUUUGACCAGUAGUGUAAGGUUACUUCUGCCUGAACGUGGUUCACAUGCAGAUCCAGUAGGAGGACCAGACGCCCACAUGGUAACAGAACCUGGUCACUGAAAGAUGAAUGCAUGAACGUAGAUCACAUGCAGAUCCACUAGGAGAACCAGAUGCCCACAUGGUGACAGAGCCUGGUCACUGAAAGAUGAAUGGGGAGGAAGAAUUUUUUGAUGCCGUCACAGGCUUUGAUUCUGAUAACUCUGCAGGGGAAUUUUCAGAGGCAAAUAAAGUCACUGGAAUGGUUGACUUGGACACUAGCAAAAGUACCAGGAGUGAAAAAAGUGGAGAGAGAGCCCCUCAAGAAAAUGGAAUUCAAAAACACAGGACGGCUCUGCCUGCCCCAAUGUUCUCUAGAAGCAACUUCAGCGUGUGGAGUAUACUGAAAAAGUGCAUUGGCCUGGAGCUGUCCAAGAUCACGAUGCCAAUCGCCUUCAAUGAGCCACUGAGUUUCCUGCAGCGGAUCACGGAGUACAUGGAGCAUGUGUACCUCAUUCACAAAGCCUCAAGCCAGCCCCUUCCCCUGGAGAGGAUGCAGACCGUAGCAGCCUUUGCGGUCUCAGCUGUGGCUUCCCAGUGGGAGAGGACUGGCAAACCUUUCAACCCGCUUUUGGGAGAGACAUAUGAAUUGAUCAGGGAAGACUUGGGAUUCAGAUUUAUAUCCGAACAGGUCAGUCACCACCCUCCUGUUAGUGCAUUUUAUUCAGAAGGCCUCAAUCAGGACUUCAUGUUCCAUGGCUCCAUCUACCCAAAGCUGAAGUUCUGGGGCAAGAGUGUGGAGGCCGAGCCCCGGGGGACCAUCACGCUGGAGCUAAUCAAACAUAAUGAAGCCUACACCUGGACCAACCCCACCUGCUGUGUGCAUAACGUCAUCCUUGGGCAGCUGUGGAUUGAGCAGUAUGGGACAGUGGAGAUACUAAACCACAGAACUGGGGAUAAGUGUGUGCUUCACUUCAGGCCGUGUGGACUGUUUGGGAAGGAACUGCACAGAGUGGAAGGACACAUUCAAGACAAAAACAAGAAGAAGCUCUUCAUGAUCUACGGCAAGUGGACGGAAUGCUUGUGGGGCAUCGAUCCUGCUGCAUAUGAGUCCUUCAAGAAGCAUGAGAAGAGAGGUGACCAUCCAAGGAAGGUCAUGUUGGAUGAUGGCCCUGAGAAAGCUGAAAAUGAUGUGGUAGACGACGUGCCCAUGGCUCAGGAGACUGUGCAGGUCAUCCCGGGGAGCAAGCUGCUCUGGAGGAUCAACAAUCGGCCCCCCAACUCUGCCCAGAUGUACAACUUCACCAGUUUCACUGUGAGCCUCAAUGAGCUGGAAUCAGGUAUGGAGAAGAUCCUGCCGCCCACAGACUGCCGCCUGCGCCCCGAUAUCCGCGGCAUGGAGAAUGGCAACAUGGAUUUGGCCAGCCAGGAAAAGGAACGGCUGGAGGAGAAGCAGAGAGAGGCCCGCAAGGAGCGUGCCAAAGAGGAGGCAGAGUGGCGGACCAGGUGGUUCUAUCCAGGCAACAACCCCUACACUGGCACCCCUGACUGGUUGUAUGCAGGGGACUACUUUGAGCGUAAUUUCUCAGACUGCCCAGACAUCUACUGAGAGCCUAGGAGCCCAGCUCGGAGGCCUGUGAGUGGACUCCCAGAGCGGCACUCUGAGCUUCGCCAUAGCAGACACCAGCUUCUCCAGCCAUGAUGGCGGAGGUGGAGGACUUCAUGCAGUCAGCCUCGGAUUGCCCAGCACCUCACCUGCCGCAGCCCCUUCACACACACUGAGGCCUCAGAACAAGUCUGCAGCCCUUUUCCCUAGUGUGGCCACGGGCGCGGGCCAGCUGAGCUACCGGGAAACGUGUAACUGCGGGAAGCAGUCCUGCGCGCUCCUCACUGGGCUGUGGCUUAGGUUCUGGAAGGAAGGGUCCUGACCUACAAGAGGAAUGAUGACGCGGAGAAGGGUCCCUGAGUGAAUGAAGUGAAAAGUUGCCAGAUUCUGUAUUUUCUACCAAUCUUGAGAAGGUAAAGAUUACUUUUCAAAUAUUUAAGUUGAAACUACUUGAAUGGUGUUCUGCUGAAGAGCAGGAAACACGUUAGUCACCACUGUGUACUGUCCAGACAAAGCAGUCUCAUCGGAAGCAACGUGGCAGAGACACCGUGACUUGGAUGAGAAGCCUCCAGGACUGUGUCUGGCCAAGCACUCCCAUGGCUUCCCCAUCGCUGUAGGUGACGCCCACGCUUCCCCUCCACCCGUGUCCCCACAGUCUUGUGUCUCGUUGCCCUAGCAUGCAUGCUCCAGCAUAAGUCAUGCUGGGUUUUGCACAGUGAGAGGUCAGAGCAGGAUCAAUUUACCCGGUGUCAUUAAAGUUGUUAACCACAAGUAAGGGUGGCCAUCUCUACAUUCCCACCAAAUGAUGGACGUAUGUGAAAUGUUGACACCCAGGAAGGCUGUAGAGCUCUUUGCAUCAAAGAUAGCCUGCUGUGUGCACACGCACACAUGUGCUUACCCACUCGCAUGCACACCCAUGCAGUCAUAUGGGGCAUAGUUUGCCACAUCAGGCAUUUCUGAACGAGAAGUUACUGUCAUUGUAGUCCAGGCUUCCGAUUUGCCUUUGUCAUUAAAACACUUUGAAAAGCCA